CGGCUGGUCCGCUGCGGCGGGGUCCGGACCGCGGGGCAGUUGGCGGCGGUGGCACUGGCUGGAGGCCUGAGGGGCUGUCAGAGCUGCUGAGCAGAGCUAUGAGUGCCUGGCCCUGCAACUGGGGCCGGUAGCCCCCACAGCCUUUGGUGUGUGACUCGAUUUGUGCUUUGGCCCUGUGUGACCCAGGCGGCCACCAUGUCGAAGCUCCUGGUGGCCAAGGUCCUCUGCAUGGUGGGUGUGUUCUUCUUCAUGCUACUGGGCUCUCUGCUGCCCGUGAAGGUCAUCGAGGCUGACCUGGAGAAGGCGCACCGCUCGAAGAAGGUCCUCUCCCUCUGCAACACCUUCGGGGGUGGCGUCUUCCUGGCUACAUGCUUUAAUGCACUGCUGCCUGCAGUGAGGGACAAGCUGCGGCAGGUACUGAGCCUGGGCCACAUCAGCACCGACUACCCGCUGGCGGAGACUCUCAUGAUGGUGGGUUUCUUCCUCACUGUGUUCGUGGAGCAGCUGGUGCUGACCUUCCGUCGGGAGCGGCCUCCCUUUAUAGACCUGGAGACCUUCAACGCUGGCUCAGACGCGGGCAGCGACUCUGAGUAUGAGAGCCCGUUCGUGGGUGUGGGCGGCCGUAGCCACGGCCUGUACCCCGAGCCUACAGCGCACACCCAUGGUGCAGGGCUGCGGCUACGGGAGCUGGGCCGCCCAGGGCCGCUGCGGCUGCUCAGCCUGGUCUUUGCGCUAUCUGCACACUCGGUGUUCGAGGGUCUGGCGCUGGGGCUGCAGGAGGAGGGUGAGCGUGUGGUCAGCCUGUUCGUUGGCGUGGCAGUCCACGAGACGCUUGUGGCCGUGGCCCUGGGCAUCAGCAUGGCCCGCAGCGCGGUACCCUUGAGGGACGCGGCCAAGUUGGCUGUGACCGUGAGCGCCAUGAUCCCGGUGGGCAUUGGUUUGGGCCUGGGCAUCGAGAGUGCCCGCAGCGUGGCCAGCAGCGUGGCAUCGGCGCUGCUGCAGGGCCUGGCCGGUGGCACCUUCCUGUUCGUCACCUUCCUGGAGAUCCUGGCCAAGGAGCUGGAGGAGAGGAGCGAGCAGCUGCUGAAGGUGCUGUUCCUGGUGCUGGGCUACGCCGUUCUGGCGGGCAUGGUCUUUCUCAAGUGGUGAGCCCUGAAUUCCUGAAGGACACAGAGCAUGUCCCUCGACAGCCACGCUCAUGGGCCACGGUUCAUACACAGGGACCUCCCGGGCUGGUCACCGGUCUCUGCCCUCCGCCAGAACCUGGCCCUACAGACACUGCUUUUAAAAACGUCUUAAAGUUCUUUACCAAAGCCUGUGUGGCCAUGUCACCUCAUAUCCCGUCACCCCUUCAGUUUUUGUUGUCAUUCCUGAGCCAUCAAGAAUGGAGCCCAGGGUGGGGACUGGCAGAUGGGGAGCACAGUGACCUCAGGGACCCUGCCAUGUUCUCCGUGGAGCCAAGGCCCUGCCCGCUACUGUCACCCGAGUUUUUCUGGUUGCUCCUGUGUGACAGGUGACAGUACAUGUGGGUCACAUGAGCAAGUGGACAGCCCAGACUGUGCCUGGCCCUCAGGAACAGCUUCUUUUUCUCUUGCUCUAUGGUGCAGCAUUCACCAGAGUGGAGGGGCCUCCUCUGCAGAGGGCAUGGCAGUGAGACUCCAGGGCCACAUCCUGACAGGGACAACUCCCAAGAUGCAGGCAGGAGCAGGGGAAACUCAGCACUUGGCAACGUUGGUGCAGGUCACCAUGGUAAUGCCAGCAUCUUGGGACAGCCUGAGUGAGGACUCUCUGGGGACAUAAGCCUGCCACAGCUCACCACCUAACCUGGGGUCUGUGUAGCAGGCUUCGCUUCAGCACUGCCUCCCCUCCGUUAGCUGGGUGUCAGAUUCCUCCCUAGUGCCAUGUUGCCAUGGCCAGGUAACCAAAAUGACUUGUUGAGUGUGCCCCUACCCAGCGACACUCAGAUGAUACAAGGCACAAAGAGACAGGGCCUUGGGGACAGCUGGGGCUUGGGCAUUGUCCUCAGAGCCCCAAUGCCUGGACUCCCUUAGUGCUGAAUAAACCCUGGUUCACACACCACUUGGGGCACAUUAAGAAUGUAGGGCUCCCAGUGAGGGGCCCACUCUGCCAGUGGUUGAAGCCUCUCUUAGCAGUUUCUGGGGUUCUUUCCCGAGGAGCCCCAUCAUGUAGAUGUGGUAACAUGCCCACGGUGCCACCUGGGCCUACUGUCCUUCUACCCUCUACUUAACUAUGGGGGGGGGGACAGACAUCCAAAUGGUUCUCCAGCUUCCCUUGGCCCCAGGUGGGCCCCACGGGGCCACCAUGCCCCCACAGGUAUGGGCUCAGGUGACAAAGACUAGGCCAGGCUAGGAAGAGCCAGCUCCCUAGACUGGGCAUCCCAACAGGGAGUCUGAACCUCCCCCAUGGGUGCAUACAAUGGCAUUCUCUCCUUCUCAGCACCAACUGCUCUGCCCCUGGGGACAGCAGCUUGCAGACCUGGACCCUCCCCAUUAGACUUCUUGAGUUUCUGAGAGUCAUCCCAAGCUCCAGCUUACUGGCAACUGGGGGCCUCUGUGUCUUUUACUGAAGUUCCAGUUUACCUGACAGCCCUUGCCCCAGCCCCAGGAGAAUGGACAUGGAGGAGGAGGCCCAGGAUGCUGCAAGGCCAGGGCCCCCCCCUUGCCUCCUGUGGGGGACACAGCUGGGACACAGCUAGACAGGAGGAGAGAGAGGGCGGUGCGGGUAGCCCAGCUUCACCGCUGAUCUGUGUUUGUAAUAACAGCAUGUCAGCUUCUCCUAUGGCUUGUUUGUGUUCCUGUACAGAAGUUAUUAGUGCAGGCGGGAUCCGGCACAGCCAGCUCCUGGCAUCCUGCCCUCAUUGCAUUGCAGGGGCCUGACUGAUCUUUGCCCUGCAUCCCACCUGCCCGAGGAAGCUUUUCAGCUUGGUAUUCCCCACGGGGUGAGGGUGUUUCUGUGGGGCACCCCGGGCUCCACGCGCACCUUCUCCCACUGUUGUCUCUGGAGUCCGCCUGCUCCGAGCCAGGAGCUCCAUGGCUGAACGCAAUUACAUGUGUCCUGGAUGUCACGCACAGUCCUCCUGGGGAGGGGUCCCACCUGUAAGUCACCCCCCAAUGAUGAGAGGAAUGACACCAGAGCACCACAGCACCAUUAGUGAGUGCUCCCACAGAAGAAGGAAAAUCCUGGGGCACUGUCGGCGAGGGGCAAGCGUGGCAGACCUGAGUUCGAGUCCAGAGGCUCACGUGCUGACAGAACUGACUCCUGCACUGUCCCGAUCUCCACAGGUGCUCAGUGGCACACAUGCACACACUUGUGUGUGCUCGUCCCACACCCCCAAUAUGUGUAAUAACAGUUUUUAAGCUAGCCAUGGUUACCCACUCCUUUAAUCCAUGCACUCCAGAGACAGGCGGAUUUCUGUGAGUUCCAGGCCAGCCAGGGUUACAAGCGAGCCCUUUUGCAAAAGAAAUAAACAAGUGAAAAUUUA